AUGCCCUUCUUCAAUCAGCAGCGGCGGCUCGCGAGGAGGCGAGACCUCAAGCGGCUGGGCCCCGAGGAGAUCCAGCGCGAGUGCGAUGCGAUCGAUGCGGCUUGCGAUGAGGCAGCACGAGCUCGCGCCAUGGCUCGGAGCCCGCCAGCUGAGUGCGCCAUCUGCCUCGGUGCAAUGACAGGAGCUACGUGGCAGUGCCGCUACUGCGGUAAUCGGACUCACGCUCGCUGUCACGAGGCCUGGCUCGAGUACUCGACGACCUGCCCCUUUUGCCGCAAGCUCGACCGCAGGCCGCGAAAGAGCACACGCUGCUUCGCGAUCGUCUGCGCUAUUGCGCUCCUCUCAGCUCUCGCAGGGUCGUCGGUUCCGUCGCCCGUGCCAUCAAAGGAGCGCGGGGAAGGGUAG